GUCGAAGAAUUGUGGAGUUGCGGAGGUGCGGGAGCAGCAGCCGAAGCGCAAAACGGACGCAAAUGGAGAGGCGGGAUGCGGGAGAUUGAUGAACAAACGAGCGCCGGCCAGACAUAAUAAAGGAGGCGAGCUCUGCAGGGGAUGAUGGCGAGCGGCCUUGCGGGAGCAGGGAUCGGGGUCGGCGUCGGGGUGGUGGGCAGUGGCGAGGGCUUGAGGUUUAGGGAUUUGGUGACAGGGGAGACUGGCGCCGGAGGCGCCAAGGGCGCUGCCGAGUGGACGGAUGUGGCCGUCGCCACUUUCCUCGACUGCUUCGCCGAGAAGUAUGCCGCCGUGAAGCACAAGAAUUUGCGAGGCAAGGACUGGAAAGAGGUCGUGGAUAAUCUCAACAAACGCUGUGUGCCUGAGGGCGGCCCGUUCUUCGAGUACAAGCAAUGUCGGAACAAGUUGGAUGGUUUGAAGAAACGGUUUCGGCAAGAAAAGGAGAGCUUGAACGCCAAUUCUCAGCCGAGCAAAUGGCAGUGGUUUUCUCGUAUGUGUGAAUUGAAAGGUAAGAGGGCUCCCCGGGUCAACUCGUCCGCUGGAGUCGGAGCUGGCGUGGGUGUUGUUGGUGGCAUCGCUCCUAUCGGUGGAGUCGGUGGUAUUGUUCCAGGUAUAGUAGUUCCCUUGGAGAAAUCAGAGUUGGACUUGACCGAAGGCGCGGACAAUACUUCAGAUAGUAAGGAACAGCCUGAUGGUACAGAUGGCUUGCCUGGGGGUCUCCCUGGUGAUCUCCCCGAUGGGGUUGGGACUCCCUUUUGCAGUCAGAAUGAAGCCGAUACUGCAAGUCCGAGGAGCAAGCCAAGAGCCGGUGUUGGCAAGAAAACUCGUAAGCGGAGGAGAAGUCAUCUGCACACUCCAUGUGCUCCUGAGCUCAUGCCAGUCGGUCCGAACAAACAGCCGUUUUUGUGGCCCGGAGAUGCUGCUCAACGAAGGCCCGUGGCAACUGAUCGGACUUAUAAGCUGAAGAUCAAACGAUCUGGAGAAGAGGAUUUCGAUGAUCUUUUCCACCUAACUGGAGAUACAGUGCAGGAUUUGAUCGACAGCUUUAAGUCGGUAUACUGGGAAGAAGAAAAUACACAGGUUCGUGUACAAUUGAAGGACAAGGUUUCGGACGCCUGGGUUACCGUAGCUCCUUCUGUGUCACUUUCCCAAUACGGAAUUGAAGCACAAAUUAUUAUCAAACCUCAAGGAAGCCGGGUUCUUGGAUACCCAGCAAUUCCCCUGACAGUGGGGCAGAUGGUUUUGCCAGGUGUUUGACACCACGUUGCAAUGAUGAAGUUUUGACACUAUUACUCCUUGGAGAGGAGCAGACAUGUAAUGGAGUUGAACAGGAUAUGCUGUGACCUCCUCUAUUAAAUAUGAAGCCCAAGAUCGUCGAGUGACCGGUGUAGCCCGAAGAAUGGCACGGGUUUCAACAAGCUCAACAUUCAAUUGAAGUUCGUGAAACCGAGCGUCCGUCGGCUCCUCUAGGUUUGAGGUUGAUAGUUUUCUAUCUGCCUGCCCACAAGAACGGAAGUGUGUACCGCAAGGAUCUUCCAGUUUAAAUGCAGUAGAUUUUCACCGUGAAUCACUGGAGAGUAAGUUUGAAAGUCUCUCCAUUUUUUGAAUAGAGGUCAAAGCAGGAGCUGCGUACUUCAAUGUUAGUCAAUGAACAGAGUUAGAGGUAGUGUGCACAUUGCACAGAACACAGAAUACAGUCAAGUUUAGGAAAGGGGCGACCAAGCUUCAGCAGAUUUAAAUGAUGUCGUUGAGUCAAUCAAUUUUUGAAAUGGAAACAGCACUUGCUGUCGCGGAUCAACAUGAUACUUGGUUCUAGGCCUUGGC